AUGGUGCUAAGAUAUCACUUACACAUGUACAACAGCUACAUGCUGGACUGUCCAGGACCCUCGAACUUCCUCUCUUGUCACUUCCGGUUCUUGCUUCGAAUCUCCAUUGCAGUUGUAGUACUGGUCUCCACUUCAUCCUUCCUAGCCUGUAUUGCCCUGUACAGUGGAGGAUUCAAGCGCAGUCUUGCAGACAAUCAACUUAUUUCUCCAAAGUUUAUUAUCGACACAGAAGGGUGUAAAAUCCCCUUUAUUCAUCCGUUUGACCCAUCCGUCAUUCCUUUUCUAGUAAAAUCAGCAAAUAUCAAAUGCAGUGGUACAGUUCCGUCUUUAACAUUACAAACACUGAAUAAACUCACCUUGAACUCGGUCGCUUUGCCAUUCUACAGGAAUUUAAGCUAUUGCAAGUACACACCAAUAGUCCGACCGAAAAAUGCUUCAAAGAGACACUUUUCUUUCCAUACAGAUAAAAGUGUUACUUUUAACAAGGAAUCAUCUAUCAAUACAGAUUUCAUUAAAGUAGAAUGCUUUACAAAACAAAACAAAUCAUUAUAUACAAAUUUUCACGCAUUUGCCGUACCUCGUGCCGACAGCAAACGUACGAGGCGAUCCACGGAAGAAGAAGAAAACCCAGCAUACAAUGUCCUUAUGCUUGGAAUAGAUUCGUUGUCCCGGAAUAGUUUUUACCGGAAUCUGCCAAAGACCCGCGAAACACUUAUUGAUAAACUCAAGGCUGUGGAGUUAUUUGGAUACAGCAAAGUCGGCGACAACACAUUUCCGAACCUUAUUCCGAUUACUCUCGGCAUUUCUGUGAAGGAACUCCGACGUCGGGGUUGGAACCAGACCAUCCCCUUCGACGAUUAUGAGUUUAUUUGGAACAAAUAUUCCAAACAUGGGUAUACCACGUUGUUCUCCGAGGACAUGACUGAUAUAGGUCUUUUCAACUAUCUUAAAAAGGGAUUCAGGAAAAGUCCCGUCGACCACUUCUACGAACCGAUGGGGGCAGCGACUGAGGCCCAUCCUAAGUUAUGGUCAAAGAAACAUUGUUUCGGUGACAGACUGGAGACCAACAUUAUUUUGAAUUAUGUGUCCGAUUUUCUCAAUGUGUAUAACGAUACAAAGACAUUCGGGUUUGUUUAUCUCAGCAGGGUCUACCAUAACUCAGAUAAUAUUGUGAAAGAAUAUGACGACGUUUUGACAAAUUUCUUGGAAAAUUUCAUCAAGGAUGGACAUGCCAAUAAUACAGUGCUCAUUGUGUUCAGCGAUCACGGAUCAAGGUUCGGACAUCUUCGGAAGUCUCCGGUGGGGCGACUGGAGGAGAGAUUACCUGCAGUAUUCAUGGUUCUUCCGACGAAUUUCAGUAUCGACGCUAUUGAGGCUGUUUCUAAUCUGAACGAGAAUGCGAGGAAAUUAACGACACCGUAUGACGUUCAUGAAACAUUGUUAGAUAUACUUCACCAGACACAGAAUAGGACUAUAAACGGUACUCACGGCAUAAGUCUGUUCAGCGAAAUACCACCCGACAGAGACUGUCGAAGGGCCGGGAUAUCAAGCCAUUGGUGUACAUGUAGUUUGUUCAAAGACAUUGACGUUGCUUCACCAAUUGCAAAAGAUUUAGGACAGCUUAUGUUGAAAUAUGUUAACAAAAUGCUAUUGAAAUACGAGGAAUUUUGCCGUCAACUAGAACUGAAGACUAUUCAUUAUGUAGCGGAAUGGGACAUUACUGGACAAAAUAAAACUGCCACAUCAAAUGCUAUCGUCAAACGGGACUAUGUAAUGAAGAUAGAGACAUCCCCCGGCGGUGCCCUUCUGGAAACUACCAUACUGUACCGAAACGGGAAAUACUACAUUCGCGAUUACGACGGAAUUAGUAGACUAAACAUGUACAUCGGGCAGGCUGAUUGUAUAACCGCGUAUCCCGCUAAAAAAGUUUGUUUUUGUAAAUCUUUCAAAGAUAUUAUGUAG